CCGCACUUAGGCGGCACUUUUACGACCUGCGACAUCUAGUUGCCGCUCGUAUUGUGGCGGCUUGUCGCGCAGUCAGCCAAGGUGCGGACUCCCCGUUCCCGCUCCAUAGUUAGAUUCCUGCGUCAAAUCAAUCAUAUCUUUUCGCAGGCAUGUCGCUCAGCAUGAGGAGCACGCUUGCAGGCCAGUCUUUGGCCUUUAAGCCAGCGACUGUUCAGAGCCGCGUUGCGCGUGUGCUUACCGUGGACGCCAAGAAGGUCUGCGACCUGACGGGCAAGAAGCGCAACAAGGCUAACUCGGUCUGUUUCUCGAACAAGAAGAGCAGGAAGUGGCAAGAGCCCAACCUGCAGAACAAGAAGGUCUUCUGGGAGGAGGGCCAACGCUGGGUUAAGUUGCGCAUCUGCACCAAGGCCAUUAAGACGCUGGAGAAGAAGGGCAUUGCUGAGAUGGCGAAGGAGGUGGGGAUUGAUCUAUGGAAGGUGCCCUUCGAGGAUGCUCGCCCACAGCGCAAGGCAUACCUUGCGGAGAACAAGGGCAAGGUGCCGGUGGCGAAGAACCCCCGCCUUAUUAAGAACCCGGAGAAGUUGGCUGCCUCCAAGAAGCAGCCCAGGUAUCCGGUGUACGAGGAGGGUGGCCGCAUCGUUUACAUCCGUCCAGGCAUGGAGGACUUGAUCUUCGGCAAGAAGGACGAGCAGCAGGCAGCGCCAGAGGACCUUGAGCUUAAGAUUACUCUUACGGAGUAAGCGAAGUGCAAGGCGGCAGCUUUCCGGGGACUCUUGCGUUGCAAGCCUCGGAGCUUGCGAUCAGCGAUGGCAUGGCGAUGGAUCGGAUUGCCGUGCUUGUGGCUCUUUCUCUGCUCUGGCUGCUGGGCGUGUAUCAGCGCCUGAUUUAGUACCACUGACGGAGAGGGUUGGAUGGCGUGGAGCGGCAUGCUGCUGUGGAACGUAGCAGUCGAAGCUGUUCAUAAAGCGCGUGUCUCGGUGACUGGCUGUGCUGGCCUGCGUGGCUUGGCCAACCUGGAAGCCUGGACAAGGUUGGAAUCUUCGCAUGCUGCAUGUUGGCUGCUGUGGUUACUUUGGUUUGGUGACGGGUUGCUGGGACCAGGGUGUUCGCGAAGUGCAGUUUUCCUGGUCCACAUCCGAAUGUCUGAACCUGGGCGGUUCAAGGACGGACUGGUGCCUGCAUUGCGAGAUAGCCUUGUGUCUUUUGACAGAUGUGCCGUGUCGGUCUGUAUACGUAGCCAGUGACACGCCUUAACGCUUGCUGGGCCUCGCCCACUUGCCGCCAUGACGUAUGAACUCAACUGGCAGGCUGACCAUGCUUGGGGUCGCAGCGGAUAAUUUGGUUGUGUGUAACGUCCAAUGUGCACAUGGAUGCAGCAAAGUGACCACGCGGGACAUGCACACGCAGUUUACUGUGCGGCGCUGGUGUUGCAGGGAGGGACUAUUGAGGCGAGUCGUUUGCUUGUUACAUGCAAGAAAUACCGGACGGAUGAUUGGGAACACGGGAGCCUUUUGAGGGCGGUGGGCCUUGCAGCGGCGUUGGUUUCCCUCCGUCUGGGAGUUUUCGUUACCACCCUCGGUACUUCUUCAUGUAACGGUAGAUGAUUGGCGGC